CCGGCGAGAUGGAUGAGUUCUCUCUCCCUAGGGUUGUUCAGCACCAUAACAAGAUUGGUGAUGGCCCUUCCUGGAGUUCUAAAAGGCCGGCUACUGCUAUUCCGGUAGCCAUACCUGUAAAGAAAGCUAAUCCUUCUCAAACCCCCUGCAAGGCUAACAACAUUGACCUUUCGCCUGAUGAUCCAGGUAUUAAUUCGCCUGGUAAUUUUGACACAUUGGAAACGGAGCCUCCAGUUCAGGAAACCCCAGCUCCUCAAUCCCAUGUGCGGACAGCUCCCUCAGAUACUCAAUCCCCAGUUCGAAUGUCAUCUGUUCCUAACGCAUCUCAACUCCUGUUGACUAUUUUUGGCACUUCGGCAUCUGAUGUUAGUUCGAAUUUGCUUGGCCAGGGUUUUUCUUCAAUGUGCAAAGCGCUAGAUUUCAUUUUCAAGGAAUUGUCCCAGCGAUUGCAUGCCCGUAAUUCUGAAUACAGCGUACUUUUGGAUGAGUUCAAGCUGACGAAGCAACUGCUGAGAGAAGAGAGGCAUCAAAAACUGGAUGCCCAGGCCAGGGCUGACAAGUUGGCUCUUGAGGUGGCGUCUGCUCGAAGAGCCAGGGAGAAAGCCUUAUCGGAUCUUGAAAUGGUGGAGUCUGAACUUGCAGCAGAGAGAGCCCAUGCAGCAGAAGCGAAUACCCAGUUUGCAAAAGAGAAACGCAAAGCCAUGUUUGAACUCCGUGAUCGCCUUACAGUAGAGUUGGAGAAGCAAGUAAAGGAGGCCCAAGAAUUAGGGUUUCGGGAUGGUUAUGCAGCUUGCAAAGCUGCUCGGAAAUAGCAUUUCCAGAACAAAUUCAGAGGUAGCAAAAAAAAUUGUAUGCCAGAAGUUUCCUUUGCUUCUGGUACAAGAGGUUGUCUACUCAUGAACAAAUCCGCCCUCUUUUUGAGUAAGUAACUUCCAGACUUGCACCAAUGUCUCUUCGCUGUUGUCUUGCUUUCCUUUUUGUAAAUUGCU